AUGCGCGAAGACGACAAGAGCAUGGUGGGAGGCGGCGGUGCGGACCUGGCCAACGCCGCGGCGCGGGGACAAGUGGAGACGGUGCGGCAGCUCCUGGAAGGCGGCGCGGAUCCCAACCAAGUGAACCGCUUCGGGCGGCGCCCGAUCCAGGUCAUGAUGAUGGGAAAUACUCCUGUAGCAGAGCUACUUCUACUACAUGGUGCUGACCCAAACUUCGAGGAUCCGGUCACACGCACCUGGCCGGUGCACGACGCAGCCCGGGAGGGCUUCCUGGACACGCUAGCGGUCCUGCAUCGCAAUGGGGCGCGGCUGGACGUACAAGACGCCUGGGGUCGCCUCCCUGUCGACCUGGCUGAGCAGCAGGGUCACCACGCCAUUGUGCAGUACCUGCGAGCUGCCACUGGUGACUGA